CUUUCAGCCUCCGCUGUUUUUGAGUUGCAAAUGAUCAGAGAAGGGUGAACUGCAGGCAGCCUGUGUUGCUGCCUGGAAGUAGAUUUCCAUCUUUCAGACACUAGUUCCAAUGGGCCGGGUGUUCUGGAAGGGGGUGGCAGUGGAGAGGAGGAUGCUGUGAGCAGAGUUCUUGAAGCUCCACUCCUCUGGGGAAGCCGAGCUGUGUGGGAGCCUUCUUACUGUGCGGGAAGCGUGUGAAUUGGAAAGGAUCCUGAGAGCUGGCUAGUCCCAGUUCCUCUCCGGAAAAGCAGUGGCUCUCGCUUCAGAGAUGCGCCCAGCUUUCGCCUGCAUCACACUGCAUUCUUUAACACAUUAUUGAAAUUACAAACAUCCAAAGCAGUUUCAUGUGGACAGAUUGCAUAUUUUGAAAGCCUGAGAUAUUUUAUCAUGAAACACGCCAUGUGGAAUCUUUGAAGCAUAGAUCUCUGUGCAGCAGCUGAAUAAAGAAUCUUUCACCUGGUAUGUAACAGAGCUUCUCACCACCACCAUGACAAACCAGGAAAAAUGGGCCCACCUCAGCCCUUCGGAAUUUUCCCAACUUCAGAAAUAUGCUGAGUAUUCUACAAAGAAAUUAAAGGAUGUUCUUGAAGAAUUCCAUGGUAAUGGUGUACUUGCAAAGUAUAAUCCUGAAGGGAAACAAGACAUUCUUAACCAAACAAUAGAUUUUGAAGGUUUCAAACUAUUCAUGAAGACAUUCCUGGAAGCCGAGCUUCCUGAUGAUUUCACUGCACACCUUUUCAUGUCAUUUAGCAACAAGUUUCCUCAUUCUAGUCCAAUGGUAAAAAGUAAACCUGCUCUCCUAUCAGGCGGUCUGAGAAUGAAUAAAGGUGCCAUCACCCCUCCCCGGAAUACUUCUCCUGCAAAUUCAAGUUCCCCAGAAGUAAUCCACCUGAAGGACAUUGUCUGUUACCUGUCUCUGCUUGAAAGAGGAAGACCUGAGGAUAAGCUUGAGUUUAUGUUUCGCCUUUAUGACACGGAUGGGAAUGGCUUCCUGGACAGCUCGGAGCUAGAAAAUAUCAUCAGUCAGAUGAUGCAUGUUGCAGAGUACCUUGAGUGGGAUGUCACUGAGCUUAAUCCAAUCCUCCAUGAAAUGAUGGAAGAAAUUGACUAUGAUCAUGACGGAACCGUGUCUCUGGAGGAGUGGAUUCAAGGAGGAAUGACAACAAUUCCACUUCUUGUGCUCCUGGGCUUAGAAAAUAACGUGAAGGAUGAUGGACAGCACGUGUGGCGACUGAAGCACUUUAACAAACCUGCCUAUUGCAACCUUUGCCUGAACAUGCUGAUUGGUGUGGGGAAGCAGGGCCUCUGCUGUUCCUUCUGCAAGUACACAGUCCAUGAGCGCUGUGUGGCUCGAGCACCGCCCUCUUGCAUCAAGACCUAUGUGAAGUCCAAAAAGAACGCUGAUGUCAUGCACCAUUACUGGGUUGAAGGUAACUGCCCAACCAAGUGUGAUAAGUGCCACAAAACUGUUAAAUGUUACCAGGGCCUGACAGGACUGCAUUGUGUUUGGUGUCAGAUCACACUGCAUAAUAAAUGUGCUUCUCAUCUAAAACCUGAAUGUGACUGUGGACCUUUGAAGGACCAUAUUUUACCACCCACAACAAUCUGUCCAGUGGUACUGCAGACUCUGCCCACUUCAGGAGUUUCUGUUCCUGAGGAAAGACAAUCAACAGUGAAAAAGGAAAAGAGUGGUUCCCAGCAGCCAAACAAAGUGAUCGACAAGAAUAAAAUGCAAAGAGCCAACUCUGUUACUGUAGAUGGACAAGGCCUGCAGAUCACUCCUGUGCCUGGUACUCACCCACUUUUAGUUUUUGUGAACCCCAAAAGUGGUGGAAAACAAGGAGAACGAAUUUACAGAAAAUUUCAGUAUCUACUAAAUCCUCGUCAGGUUUACAGUCUUGCUGGAAAUGGACCAAUGCCAGGGUUAAACUUUUUCCGUGAUGUCCCUGACUUCAGAGUGUUAGCCUGUGGUGGAGACGGAACCGUGGGCUGGGUUUUGGAUUGCAUAGAAAAGGCCAAUGUAGGCAAGCAUCCUCCAGUUGCAAUUCUGCCUCUUGGGACUGGCAAUGAUCUAGCGAGAUGCCUGCGAUGGGGAGGAGGUUAUGAAGGUGAGAAUUUGAUGAAAAUUCUAAAAGACAUUGAAAACAGCACAGAAAUCAUGUUGGACAGGUGGAAGUUUGAAGUCAUACCUAAUGACAAAGAUGAGAAGGGAGACCCAGUGCCUUACAGUAUCAUCAAUAAUUACUUUUCCAUUGGCGUGGAUGCCUCCAUUGCACACAGAUUCCACAUCAUGAGAGAAAAACACCCAGAGAAAUUCAACAGUAGAAUGAAGAAUAAAUUUUGGUAUUUUGAGUUUGGCACAUCUGAAACUUUCUCAGCCACCUGCAAGAAGCUACAUGAAUCUGUAGAAAUAGAAUGUGAUGGAGUACAGAUAGAUUUAAUAAACAUCUCUCUGGAAGGAAUUGCUAUUUUGAAUAUACCAAGCAUGCAUGGAGGAUCCAAUCUUUGGGGAGAGUCUAAGAAAAGACGAAGCCAUCGACGAAUAGAGAAAAAAGGGUCUGACAAAAGGACCACCGUCACAGAUGCCAAAGAGUUGAAGUUUGCAAGUCAAGAUCUCAGUGACCAGCUGCUGGAGGUGGUCGGCUUGGAAGGAGCCAUGGAGAUGGGGCAAAUAUAUACAGGCCUGAAAAGUGCUGGCCGGCGGCUGGCUCAAUGCUCCUGUGUGGUCAUCAGAAUUUUGCCACAUGAGCAACCUGAGUCUGCAGGUUCACUUGAGUCUCUGCAGCUUCCUAGAGCCUACACCUGGAAUUUCUGUGACUGUGACACCGACAAUCCAUGUGGCUUGGAAUUAUUCUCAUCUUUAAUAAAAAUUACACACAAGAACCAAGCUCCGAUGCUGAUGGGCCCUCCUCCAAAAACCGGGUUAUUCUGCUCCCUCGUCAAAAGGACAAGAAACCGAAGCAAGGAAUAAUCUUGUAUUGUUUCAUUCUUAGAAAUUGAAUUAGCAUAAUUGGGCCAUGGAACACAUAUGCUGGAAAUCUGAACCAUUUCAAGUCUCCUGCUCAUACACAAUCAUGGAAGUUGUUUAACAGGUUUUGUUACUAAGCUAAUGUAAAGUUCAGCUAUUAGAAAAUUUAUUGUCUCAGUUUAUAUAGGCAUCUUUGCAUGAAGAAAGCAGCUUACCUGAAGUGAUACUGCAUAUUUUUGUUGCAUGCAUUCCCAUAGAUUUUUACAUCUCCCACCCAUCUCUUCCCCAAUUUCCAUUUACUAACCUGUAAGAAAAACCUGUGAAACAUGAAAAAGGAAAUACCAUGGGAAAUGUGAUUCUCAGUGUGAUUCCAAUGAUUACGAAGCACUAAUCAGUAACGCUACAAUGAUCAUAACUGCAGACUGCUAUACGUUUCCCUUUUAGAAUCAGUGUAUCAAUGACCUAUGACUUGAGGAGAAAUUUUAAUUCAAAGAUUUUAUUAAAUAGUUGACUACAAUACCUUGCUAUAUAUGCAUAGUUUUUCUUCAACAUCUUAACUCUUCUGAGCGGAAAUAAAAAUAUCAGGUAUAAAGUUUUCUUGUGCUGAAAAAUAGAACGCGGUUUUUAUUUUGCUUAGCUUUCUUUUUAAUUCCAGAAAUAAGUGAAAAUAUGUUACUUGACAGUCAAGUGUGGUAAUAUGGCAAGCCUUGUUCCUUUCUGCAUGAGAAUCUAGGAGAGAAUUCAUAACCACACCAAUAACCAAAUAGAUAUUUUAAACUACGUGCCUAAUCAAUGUGUUUCCCACCAAAGAUUCAGAAAAAGAUGCUUGAGAGAAAUGGAUUAAUGCAUAAUUAAUUAAGCAUUGUGGAACAAAUUUAUAGUUCCUGUGAUUAAUUUUGUGAUGACUAAGAUGCUGGAAAGAGAGUGAGUUACCCAUUAAUUAUGAUUAAAAUUCUCACCUUUCACAGACAGACAAUAAGCCAGACAACACAAUGAAAGCUCAAUAGAUGAUUUCUUGCUUUUUUUAGUCAUUUAUAAAUAUAGAUGUAAUUUUUCAUGGAUCAGUUAAGUACACUUGAAGGAAGUAAAUGAUUGUAUCAGUUUAUUUCUAGUAUAAAUUGGUACCUGUAAUAAUACUGAGCUCUUGGAAGGGAAUCAUGCAUGCAAUUAGCUCCCUCCUCCUCACCUACUCCACUCCCAUCUUUAUGACAUUUCAAAUGUUUAUUUGGAAACAACAGCCUAGAUCACUGUUGAAGGUGUUCAUGGCAUAGCUGGAGUCUCUGAUUGUUUUAAAAAAUCAUGGAACAGUACUUUUCUUUUAGUGUUUCAUUAAGCGUAUGUUGUAAAAUGAAAUGCUUUUGAGCAGUCUUGUAAUAUUGUUCAUUCAUAUUGACCUGCAUCUCAUCAUUGCAUGUUUUAUGUUUUCAAACAUGCCAUAAGGAAAAUGAGUGCUUGAACUGCAUGAUUUAUUAGUUUCUCUCCACUCUGCAUUAAAGUGCUAAUGAUUUAUCAGUUCUAUUUUGUUAUUGAUUCAUUCAUCUUUGAAUAACAAAUAGCAUUUAGUGAUUCUGUUGAACACAAUCCUGUGCAUGGAUUUAUGGAUUUCAAGUGAAAUUGCUAUAAUUUUAGUUCUUUGGUUUGAAAACUCAACUGAAUGCUGUUAUAUCAAAUAGCUGCUCUCAAGCACUGUGCUAUAAUGGAAGAUUACGUACAAAGUGUAUUCUUUUAGUGUUCCUGGAACAUUGGAUGGUAAAUAUCAGUCAACAAUAAGCUUAAUUACUUUAAAAAUAAAAGCUUUUGAAUAAAAUUAAGACAUAAUUUAGCAUUCCCAGGAAAAUUAUGAUUACAAUUGCAAAUUUAGUACAGCAAUCACUUGCCCUGGUAUAAUAAAAAAUUGUUUGGCAGAACAGUAAUCUAGACCAAAAGAAAUCUCAAAACAGUAACAAGUACAUUACCGACAUAAUGUUACACAACACACACAUUGAUUUUUUGUAUCUAUGGUUACAGGUAAUAAAUAUUUUCACAUGAAUUGACAAAAUUUUCUACAAUGGGCAGGCAGGCUUUGUGUCAAAAACAUAUUUUGAAGCCACAAAUUAUUUUAUGUUCGCUACAACAUACAAUUACUUCUUGGCUACCUUUUAUAGUAUAUAGUUUGAAGGCAGCAACAGUUUGUGAAUCAUUCUUAACA